GUUUGCAAUGCAUUAGUAACUCUCUUCAUUAGCAUGCCCUUCACAAUUACCCGACGAAGACUUGCGCGCCUGCUGCUUGGUGCCCUCGCAUUCUGCAUCGCCGGCUACAUACUCGCGAGCGCCCUCACACGAUUCACCACCGACACGCUGCCCUCCUCUCUGUCACAAGACCCAGCAGAUGGACCACGACCGAUCCAGCUCAAACACCACCCUGGCGACUUCAUCGACCCACCAUUCACAUUUUCGGCACCGCCUGCUGAGGAAUUAGUCUCAGGCUGCCUGCUAUUCAUUACUCGGACGAUCUCGCUGACCAGAGUGCGCCGCACAAUGUUCGAUAUCGAGAAGCGCUUUAACGAUCGGUACCAUUACCCAUACGUGUUUCUCAGCGAAGAGCCAUUCUCUGACCAAUUCCAGAAAGCGGUGCGUGCCAUGGCCAACGGUGCCUCGGUUGAGUUUGGUCUGAUCACCGAGAACUGGGGGUACCCUGACUGGGUGGACAGGAGCAGGGCACACAAUGAGGCCCUCGACUGGGCGGACCGCAAUGAUAUGGAUGCCGAUACUCAGGGGUAUAGGCAUAUGGUAAGGUACUGGGCGCAGCCGUUCGCUGACCACCCAGCCCUGCAAAAAUACCGCUAUGUAUGGCGGCUUGAACCAGGAGCUCACUACACAUGCGAUUUCGUCGAGGACCCGUUCACACUAAUGCAGUCCCGCAAUCUGACGUAUGGUUUUGCGAUCUCCAUCCAAGACAAUACCGAUUCGAUUCCGUCGCUGUGGGCCACCGCACAGAGCUUUAUGCACGACAACCUCCAUAUGAUGCUCAGCCGCGACAACUCGCUGGAAUGGCUGUUGACAAGGCACAGCAGCGGGCUUGUAGAGUUCAACCGAUGCCUGUUCCUGACAAAUUUUGAGAUCGUUGACUUGACUUUUGUUAGAUCGCAGCUCUACCGGAAGCUGUUUGAGUAUCUGGACAGAAGAUCAGGGUUCUACUAUGAGCGGUGGUCGGAUGCAUCCGUUAGAUCGCUUGCGGCUGCCAUGUUCUUGAAGUCGGAUGACGUGCAUUGGUUCAGCGAUGUUGGGUACAAGCACGACUUUUUGCAGCAGUGUCCAAGCGAGCUAAACAGGCAGAUGCUGUGCCACUGCGACCCGAAGAAGAGCACGCAUAUGUACCCGAUGUCGUGCUCAGCCAGAUGGAGCGACGGGAAACUAGGAGUCGAUCCACGCAACCUCAUACAGUAACAAAUAUAUCACAUUUACAUGCACUCAUUGACCAG